GCAGGUCAACCACGGUUCAGAUUCCCGACAAUGGCGAGGACGCUAGAGAAAACGCGAAAGCAGAUUGCGAAAAAGAGACAUGGGAAGAUUGAGGCGCUUCAUGAAAAGAGCCGGGACUCGAAACGGCUUCACCGAGCUCAAGUCCGCGAUGACCGCCUCGAAAAGCUUGCCGAGGCGAGGCGCAAGAAGGACCAGCCGAUUCUUGCGCGCGCCGCCUUCUUCCAGGAGGCUGUCCGACAAAACGGCAACAAGCCUCUCGAGCUCGAGGCUAUCCAGGCCAAAAUCAACGAGUUUGUCCACCAACAUGACGAGGAGUACGAGGAGGUCAAGAAGGUCCGCCGCCCCGGACGGCCACCAAGUACGAAAGAAGAUCUGUUAAAGAUGAAAAUAACGGCGCUCCAGAAAGAACAACGCGACGGAUUCUAUCUCCCGGACCUCACCUCGGAAUCAAACGUACAGCUGCUUAGCAAGUUCGAAGGAUCCUGGUCGUACUUGACUAGUAUUGCUUGGGUGAAGAUCUCGGCUGCAGGAUCCAUCAAGCCUUCAAAGUUUCCCCCUCAAAGUCUGUGAGGUGACCGGGCCAACUAGGAGGGAGCCAUGCAGUCCAUGUGCUCGCCACACGAACGACACGAAUAUGCUCCUGUGGUGACCGCUGGUCUUUCUGACGUGCAGAUCGGAUAUGUCGCUGCGAGCAAACUGUCUGAGACAUUCUGAGGCACAGUCGGACGUCCACCGUUGCGACGGCGGGUAUUCGCGCCUCUCUGUCGUACUUCCGGCGUCUUUCCUCCUCCCGGCGCCCCGGCAACACGUUCUUGGUCGCGAUGCGCCCCUCACUGCGGCCGGCCGUCUCAAGCUGGAGCAGAAGCUCACUUGGAACAACCCCCGCUUCGGCCCGUCGCACGACCAACCUCGGAGCAGAAGCGUGGAUCAGACAUGCGGCUUCCCGGAAAGCGCCAUCCGCGGGAGGGGGGGGGGGGGGGCAUACUCGGGUUCUCGGGUUAAGUGCGCUUGCGUCUGCCUCGGCGGCCAACAGUGACUGUCAACUGCUGUCGUAUGACGCGGCCUCCGCAGCCUCAGGCGCCGCGGAAGGUUCGACAGAUAGUUAAAGCCGGGGCGCUCCGGCACCGCAAUUGGCCCGGGUGCCGGUUACACACACGGGGCAGCGGCAGGUAUCCGGACGUCAGCCACGGCCCGAGCCCAUCUUCACCUCUCUAAGACCGGAGCCGUGGUAACGUCGGCAUCAAUCUAGGCGUGCGCCCGAGUCCUCCAGAGUCCGACCAGCGAAGUUUAGUGGCGUCACAUCAAUAAGACGAGAAGAGACUAUGUCAGCAGUUUGCUCCUUCCUGCCUUGCCUCUUUGGCCGGGUAUGACAUGUUACAUAUGUAUUCGUGCCCCUUUCCG